UAUCUCUCACUCUCUCUCUCUCUCUCUCCCUCUCUCUGGGUUUACAGUGUACACCUAUCUUUCUACCGCGAGCAUCAGCAGUCUCUCCAUCAGUCUCCGCGAUACGUGCGCUCCCACGGCGCAAAGCAUGGCACCUCUGCGCCCCAAAGAACCGCUUUCUGCCGCCGCGCACCUCUGCGUUUUUCUGUUGACCGCCUCGGCCUGGAUGGCACUGCCGGGACCCGCGCGCUGUGACAGCGGCGCUCUAAACCGACGCGCCGGGGUGGACCGUACGUUCGACAUGGGCGUCGGGGACGGAGGCUCCCCGCCGGGCUCCCGGUGGGACGGUGACGGGCAAGCCACCGGCGCGGAGAGCUCGCCCCUCCGCUCUAGGAGAGCACUGUCCCGGGAAAACCAAAUGUCAUUGCUCAGCAGCUCGUUCGUGCUCAAGGGGGAUGCGACCCACAACCAGGCGAUGGUCCACUGGACAGGAGAGAACAGCAGUGUCAUCCUGAUCCUGACCAAGUACUACCACGCUGACUCCACCAAGGUGCUCGAGAGCUCGUUGUGGAGGUCUACUGACUAUGGCACCACCUACACCAAACUCAACCUGAUGCCUGGGACUACCAUUGUGGUGACCAGUUUCUACAUCUGCCCAACCAAUAAGAAAAAGGUGGUGCUGGUCGGCUCGUCCAUAAAUGAACGGGAUCAGAUGCUGUUCAUCAGCACUGAUGAAGGCUCCUCCUUUCAGCGACAGUCCAUGGGCUUCACCCCUGACACAAUCAUCUUCCACCCCAAAGAAGAAGACAAGCUCCUCGCCUACUGCAAAGAGGGCAGGAUCUUUGCUUCCACAGACCUGGGCCGCAAGUGGACUUUGCUUCAGGAGCGUGUGACCAAGGACAGAGUCUUCUGGUCUGUGUCUGGUGUGGAUGUGGACCCUGAUCUGGUGCACAUGGAAAUGCAAGAUACGAGUGGAGGUUACCUGUACGUCACCUGUCUCAUCCAGAACUGUUCGGACAAAAUGGUGACGGCCCAGUUCCUCGGCAAAAUCGACCACAACUCGCUGUCCGUGCAGGACGACUACAUAUUUGUCAAGGUCACCACAGGGAAUCGUACCAAGCACUAUGUGUCCCACCGGCGCAACGAGUUUGUCCAGAUGAGGUUUCCCAAGUACGCCUUGCCGAAGGAUGUUCAGAUAGUGAGUACGGACGAGAACCAGGUCUUCCUCGCCCUCCAGGAGUGGUACCAGUCAGACACCUAUAACCUGUACCAGUCAGACCCCCAGGGUGUCUACUACUCCAUCGUCCUGGAAAAUGUUCGCAGCACCAAGCAGCCGGAGGAGAACGUCCUCAUUGACAUCCUGGAGGUACGUGGAAUCAAAGGUGUCUUCCUGGCCAAUCAGAAGACCGAUGGCAAAGUGACGACUCUCAUCACCUAUAACAAAGGACGAGACUGGGAACCCUUGGCCCCGCCCACCACUGACAUGAAUGGCAAGCCGGUUAGCUGCAAAGCACCGGACUGUCACCUCCACCUGCACCUGCGCUGGGCCGACAACCCCUAUGUGUCUGGGACGGUCCACACCAAAGACUCUGCUCCAGGUCUCAUCAUGGGUGCCGGUAACCUUGGCUCCAAGUUAGUCGAGUACAAGGAAGAGAUGUACAUCACCUCAGACUGCGGCAAGACAUGGAGACAGGUUUUCGAGGAGGAGCAUCACAUCCUGUACCUGGAUCACGGUGGGGUCAUUGUUGCCAUCAAGGACACCUCUAUUCCCCUCAAGAUCCUCAAGUUUAGUAUUGAUGAGGGACGGACGUGGACCGUUCACAACUUCACCAGCACCUCUGUGUUCGUUGAUGGACUCCUUAGCGAGCCAGGAGACGAGACCCUGGUCAUGACCGUGUUUGGCCACAUCAGCUACAGGUCAGACUGGGAGCUGGUCAAAGUGGACUUCAGGCAGUCUUUCCCCCAUCAGUGUACCGAUUCUGACUACGAGUCCUGGCAGCUCACAGACCUGCAGGGAGAGAAGUGCAUCAUGGGCCAGGAACGGAGUUUCAGGAAGAGAAAGGACACAGCAUUCUGCAUCAAGGGAAAGAGCUACACCUCGGCUCUCAGCACCAAACCCUGUCAAUGCACAGAGAAAGACUUCAACUGUGACUACGGGUUUGAGCGGUCGCACAAAGAGAGCGAUCGAUGCUUUGCUGACUUCUGGCAUGACCCGGACUCACCACCUGAAGACUGCCAUCUAGGACACACCUACGGGUCCACCACUGGCUACAGGAAGGUGAUAUCCAACGUGUGUGAAGGCGGACUGAACAGGCAGCAGAGCGCCAAACAGCACAACUGCCCUCUGCUGCCACCUAGAGGACUACAGGUUGGCAUCAAGGGCCAGAUGCUGGCCGUGGCUCCUGGUGAUGACAUCACAUUCAUUGUCCACCAGGAACAGGGCGACACCAGCAACACCAAGUACCAGGUGGACCUCGGCGACGGUGUUAGGGCCAUUUACCAGAACCUGACGGUGACUGAUGAACCAAUCCAGCAUCGCUAUGAAAAGCCAGGCAUUUACAAGGUCACAGUGAAGGCAGAGAAUAUGGCCGGGCACGACCGGGCCACAAUGUACAUCCAGGUCACAGCUCCUCUACAGGAAGUGCAUCUGGAAGUGGUUCCAAUUGCUGGGAGAAACCAUGAGGUCAAUCUGACUGCCUUAGUUCUUCCCACUGAGGCCAACCUGACUGUCUUCUACUGGUGGAUAGGCGACAACCUGCGGCCUACGCUGACGCUGCAGAACAGCCUGCUGACCCGUUUCCCUGAGACAGGGGAGGUUUCAGUCACCGUCCAGGCCUCCAAUGGCCGAUCCAUGGUGCAGGAUACCAGGACUGUCCGAGUCUACGAUAACUUCCAGGUCAUCCCUCUGAGCUUCAGCAGGCACCUGGAUUACUUCAACCCAAACAUCCCCGAGUGGAGAGAGGACAUCGGCCAAGUGGUCACUAAAAUACUCGCUAAGAUCACAGGUGUCCCUCAGGAGUCCCUGGUCACUGUGGUGAAGCCCGGCCUCCCCACCACUGCGGACCUAUAUGUUCUCCCCCUGAGCAGUAAACCAGCCAAGAGGAGCAUGUUUGUAGAUAAGCGUAUUCCAGGCAUCAUGCAGGCCUUCAACGACAACAAUGUCAGCUUUGUGGUGCGAGGAGGUCUACAAGUGCUGGUGAUGCUAGCUGACCCAAAUGCAGGACUAGGUCUAAUUGCUAAUGACUCAACAGCUACAGCAGCAGAGACUGGCUACCAUGGAGCAGUCGGAGGUCCAGGUGUUUGGGCUCUCGCAGUUAUUUUCCUGAUCAGCAUCAUCGCAACUGGCUCGUUCAUCCUGUACAAGUUCAAAAGUCCUUGGCUUAGGACUGAGGAUGCCUAUCCCCCACUGUUUUUCAGAAAGCUUCCAGGCAGUCGCAACGUCUACGCCCAGAUGCACAACGAGAAGGAGCAGGAGAUGACGAGCCCUGUCAAUCACAGCGAGGACACCCAGCACAUCAUUCAGGGCGAGGAGUUCAUUGAUGACGAUCUGGACUCUCAGACUCUAGGUAACGCAGGAGGUAGCCCCGCCUUCCGUUCUCUUAUAAGGACUACCACUAACCACUGCUACUAAAACUCAAGCCACUAACACCAGCAGCUGACACACACCAAGGCAACCAUUCGGGCGUGGUCCUGAGCAUCAACUCCAGAGAACUGCACAGUUACCUAAACAGCUGAUGGCUGCCAUGACAACGCUAACAAGCUAGCCUAGCCCAGCCUAGUCCGAUAAUGAGCACAGGGACUCCACUUUGCCUUCCUCCUUCUCUCUCAGUUCCUUCUUUUCCUUUUAGUCCUCCUUGGACACUUCACCUCCGCUCCAUGGCCUCCUCAACCCUUCAGCUCCAGCUCGGGUGAUUUUUUUCUUUGUUCUCGGGGGGGGGGCUGAGCCUGGUUGAGGGAUGUCUCCUUUACCUCCACCCUUUCUCGUCACACACUCUUCCUGCUAAGGGAUGGUAGGCACUCUGCUUUACCUAAUGUACUAAUGUACAUCACUGCAAGCCAACCUUCCCCACCUCAGCCUUGAAGACUUGCACUGACACCAGGUGAUGAUGGAGAUGUUCGUGGUGUCACAAAUCAAUAUCUGUGUGCACAUUGUCUUCACACUUGUAGACACUCGAAAUCUGCAAGCAUGACUCCCUGCACUGGUUUCCAGUCAUAUUCGCAAUCAAAGAGGGUCUAACCAUCUAUAUCCAAAAGGUCACAGCUACUGAUGGUGAGUAGUGGUCAAAGACCUGUGUGCUAAGACGGUUCCCAAGCACUGAGGGUAAUGUGCAUUUAAGUAGUGAAGUUCAAUUAAAGAAAAAAAUAUUUUCAACUCUUCCCCCUCUUGUUUUUCCCUACUUUUGAUUUCCCACAAUGACUAGACAGUGUCUCUUUAAAGGCAAUAAUAUUUUCUCAACGGAAUGUAGGAUAUGAUGUACCCUUGUGAAUUUGCAUACGAAGAGUGUACACAUGCAAACACAAGAGGGCGGUGUUGCACUUUGUUAAAAUCCCACUCACAGGUACUUCAGCUUGACUUCUUCAGAAUAUUCUGUACGUUCACACGGCUUCCUUCAUUCGUCAGAACCUUUGUGCAGCCACACACGUCUAUUACUUACACAUGUACAUAGGUUUUAAUUUGUGGCGUCGCAAAUAGGCACCACCUCCUGUAGGAGCUCACCUCCUGUCCUGUGGUGCCUAAAACAGCAGAUGAGAAUCUGCCUGGUGACAUUACCUGUUGUUGAGUUUAACUAUUUAAGUCCCUCUUCCUCCCUCUCUCCCCCUUCCCACACGUUCUGGGUCAGACUUGUUCCCCUGGAGACAAAGGUCGCAGUCAUGGAGGAUAGGUGUAGUUGAUAUAUUUUACUGUAUCAGCCUAUAUUAGGCGUAGCCCAUGUUGGAAACAUGUCUCCGUAGAGGUUUGGUUUGUUGUAUGUAAAUGUGUAAAUAUGAACAAUCUCCACUUUGUACAUAUUUCCUUUGACACGUGUGUGGGUUUUACACUACUACCAAAAGACACAGCAAGUUUUUUUGGGACAGACCUUUCACUGAGUUUUCUGAAUUUGACCAAUUUUCACGAUUUACAGUACACCAUUGCCUGCUUCACAUCCGUCCAUUUCCCAUAUUUUCUGUGUACCCUCAUGUGUAAGAUACUUUUCUGGUCAUUGUAAACUGGAAAUGAUUUCAUUGUCCCAUAAAAAAAUUUAAAAAAAGACUCACAAAAACACAGUGACAACUAUGUUUAUGGAUAUUUUUGAUACACUUGUCAUGUUCCCAGUACAUGUAAGACUGGUGAGUGUUUCCGUUGCCUUCUGCUGAAGUCUUUUUCUUUGUCUGAUUGCACUAAUGAUGAUAACAGUGCUGUCAACACGUACUGGGCAGCAACUGAACAAGUCCACUCUAACUCUGAAUCCCAAAGUCUUUGGGUGAAAGGCCUUUACAGACUACAAAUGCUACUACCAUCACCACCAGGAUCACCCCUUGGGUCCUCUUGUAUUUGAUGCAGCAGAUCACAUUCACUUCGCUCUGAUUUACACCUUAAUUCAUAUUUUGUACAUAUUCUGCUCAUGUUCAACUUGUUCUUAGUUUUCUAGUGAUGUGUCGUCAUUGUAUCAAUGUCCUCUUUAACAAAGGGGAAAGUGGGAAUUAUGAUAUUACAAUAUAAUAGUGAAGGAGUUUCACAGAUGAUGGCACUGACCAUGUAAUUUUGACCACUCUGUUUUACUUUUAUUCUUUUGCUCUUUCUGCCGUUUGUUUGAUCUGUUGAUUUUGCGGUUAAAAAGCAAUUGUGUCCUCAUCAGGAAGUGUAGUGCACUCAACCUGCAUCCUGGAAUAAAUCACUCCCAUAACUUGUA